AUGGCAGAGUAUGAAGAGGGAGAGAUCGAGUUUUCCAUCCUAAGCCUGUCCAAGGACCCAAUGACCGGAUACCUUGCCGACCUGGCAUCCAACGUGAAGGGGCUCCAGCACCUUAACAGCCGCUUAUCCGAGUUCGGAGAUAACUGCGACGAGGCAGACCCUGAAAACGCCGUGCUGUGCGGCCCAGACGCGCAGUACGGGCUGACCCCGGCUAUACUCGAGCUAGCAUUGGUGCCCAGCGAGCUAGCAGAGACAGCCGAGAACGGCAACAGAGCACACGACCUCGACUCGCUUGCGCGCCAACGCCAGGCCCUCGUCGAGCAGCAACGCCUCCUCCGCACGCAGAUAACGGACGAGCAGAACAGCAGACAAAUCGAGCUCGACUACGCCCGCCGCCGCCGCUUCGACUACUCCGCUGCCGUCAACCGCUGGAGUCGCAUCCUCGCUCGCAAGCGCAAAUGCGAAGAACUGCUUAGCUAA